UUAAAAAAAAAAGAAAAAGAAAAAGACCACAGAAAAGAGACUGUGUAAGAGAGGAACAGAAAAGAGAAGCCAAAGCCUAGUCGUGUCGGCUUCGACCGAACAUUGACGACUUAUGCACUUUCUAUAUAUGUAAAGAGAGAGAGAGAGAGAGAGAAAUAUAUUACUACUGUUUUUAUGUGUGUUUCGAUCCAGUUGAUAUUUAUCUGUUGAAGCCCUAACCAUUGUAGCUGUUGCUGUUUUUGGAUCGCACUGAUUCGGAGAGUUGAAGAACAGAUCGAUUUUGCUGCUCUUUGGGGAAUUUGUGUGGUUUUGCUAUGGCAUACACAAGUGCCAAUCAUAUGCCUGUUGGAAAUCUUCACACAGGGGGAUGCAAUGAUGCUUUGUAUAAAGAACUAUGGCAUGCUUGUGCUGGACCUCUUGUCAACCUUCCUCGUGAAGGGGAGCGAGUUUAUUAUUUUCCACAAGGUCACAUGGAGCAGCUUGAAGCUUCAAUGCAUCAAGGAUUGGAGCAGCAUAUGCCCUCAUUCAAUCUUCCAUCUAAAAUUCUUUGUAAAGUGGUCAAUGUUCAGCGUAGGGCUGAACCUGAAACAGAUGAAGUUUAUGCUCAAGUUACACUCCUUCCUGAUCCAGAUCAAAAUGAGGUUACUAGCCCUGAUCCUCCACUCCCAGAACCCGAAAGAUGCACAGUUCAUUCAUUUUGUAAGACGCUUACUGCUUCUGACACAAGCACUCAUGGUGGUUUCUCUGUUCUACGAAGGCAUGCAGAUGAUUGUCUGCCUCCUCUGGAUAUGUCCCAACAGCCACCUUGGCAGGAACUGGUUGCUUCUGAUUUGCAUGGCAAUGAAUGGCAUUUCCGACACAUUUUUCGGGGUCAACCUAGACGCCACUUGCUCACAACUGGGUGGAGUGUCUUUGUUAGUUCAAAAAAGUUAGUGGCAGGCGAUGCAUUCAUCUUCUUGAGGGGAGAAAAUGGGGAGCUUCGUGUUGGAGUAAGGAGGCUUAUGAGACAACAGACAAAUAUGCCAUCUUCUGUCAUCUCUAGCCAAAGCAUGCAUCUUGGUGUUCUUGCCACUGCUUCUCAUGCUAUUGCAACUGGAACCCUUUUUUCUGUCUUCUACAAGCCAAGAACCAGCCGGUCUGAGUUCAUUGUAAGCGUCAACAAGUAUCUUGAAGCUCGAAACCACAAACUCUCUGUUGGGAUGAGGUUUAAGAUGAGAUUUGAGGGUGAGGAAGUUCCUGAAAGAAGGUUUAGUGGCACUAUUGUUGGUGUUGGAGAUAAUAUAUCAUCUGGAUGGGUUGAUUCUGAGUGGAGAUCCUUAAAGGUUCAAUGGGAUGAACCUUCCUCAAUCUUGCGUCCAGAUAGAGUAUCACCAUGGGAGUUGGAGCCACUUAUUGCAACUACUCCUUCAAACUCUCAACCUGUCCAAAGGAACAAGCGGGCACGACCAUCUGUUCUACCUUCACCAACAUCAGAUCUACCUGCAUUUGGUAUGUGGAAACCCCCAGCUGAAUCUUCUGGUUUUUCAUAUGGGGACUCUCAAUGUGGACGAGAUCUUCAUACAUCAAAUAAUUUCAGUACUGUUACAAGGGCCAACUCUAUUGGCUUUAGUGGCAAUUCUCCACACACUGGUUUUUCCCCCAACUCAAUGUAUUGGCCUAAAAGGGUGGAAAGUGUUACAUAUUCUUUUGCCCCAGCUGUUAACAAAGAUUCUGGAGAAAGAAGACAAGGCACUGGAAACGGUUAUAGGCUCUUCGGGAUUCAACUUAUUGACAACUCCAAUGCCGAAGAAACUUCACCAUUGGUUGCUGCAUCUGGAAUGGUAGGGGAUGAUCGCCCUGUUGUAUCUUUGGAUGCUGAAUCUGAUCAGCAUUCUGAGCCAUCAAAUGUUUGUCGAUCUGAAAUCCCUUCAGUAAGUUGUGAGCCUGAGAAAUCAUGCCUGAGAUCUCCUCAGGAGUUGCAAAGCAGGCAAAUCAGAAGCUGCACGAAGGUUCACAUGCAAGGAAUUGCUGUUGGUAGAGCUGUUGAUUUGACGCGGUUUGAAUGCUAUGAGGACUUGCUGAGGAAACUGGAGGAUAUGUUUGAUAUUGAAGGUGAGCUCAGUGGAUCCACAAAGAAAUGGCAAGUUGUCUACACUGACGAUGAAGAUGACAUGAUGAUGGUUGGGGAUGAUCCAUGGCAUGAAUUCUGCAGCAUGGUUAGGAAAAUUUUCAUCUAUACGACAGAGGAAGUCAAGAGAUUAUCACCCAAGAUUAAAUUUCCAGUCAAUGAAGAGGGUAAAGCAGCCAAAGCUGAUGUUGAUACUGAUGGAGCAGUUACCAUGGAGGACCAAUCUUCUAUUGUUGGGCCUGGGUGCUAAUAAUCCCAAGCUAUGUUAAUGAAUGGUUGUUAAGAGAUAAGAAAAGGGAAUGGAGAAGCAGUAAAAAGGAAAAAAAGAAUAGAGCAUUUGGUCAAUGUCUUGUUUAUAGUGAUGUACAUGGAAUAACCAGUGACACUUCCAGACAUGCAGCACUAAAUUACUGGUGAGGUGGUCGGCAGCUGUUUGCGGAACACGUCCUUUAUGGAAAGUGAGACUUUUCAUCUUUUUGAAAAUAGGUUUUGGGGUUUUACUUUGUAUUAUUUUGCCAAGGGAAUCUUAUAUUGCUUGCUUGUUUGGAUACAAGUAAGCUGAAAAGUUUGUCCUUUCCACCUCUUCUGCCCAGCAAAUGAAGAAUGAAGAUGUGAUCUCUCUCUCUCUCUCUCUUUCUUUUUUCCUGUUUUGAAUGUUUUAUUUUUUUAUUUUCACAUUGGCGCGAUAUUGCGUUUUGUAUAUAAAUUAUAUAUAGCUUUCUUAUCACUUGCUUUCCAGUGCAUGCUUAUCUUUAUCAUUCUCGAGAAGAUGCUAUAUUGGAUUGGCCUUUCAAA